AUGGUCAGUAUGGAAGAGAAAGGCAAGCGAGACGCUGCAUCAAUCAACGUGUCGGAGAAGAACGAUGGCGGUGCUCGGGAUAGUGCGGAGGGGGGAUCAGGCAUGCUGGAGAAGCAGACCCGGACAAGGAGGCUGUUCAGCACACCACAACUCUUCGCGUUCUCUCUGGUAUAUCUAGGGACAUGGUAUUCCAUCGCUACGAACAUGUACUUUGCCCUGAACAACGGCGGGCCGGCCGCAUGGUUCUGGAGCUACAUCAUCGUCCUGGCCGGCGUGCUCUGCCAAGCCGCGACUUUCGGCGAGAUGGCGUCCAUCCAGCCCAUCGCGGGCGCGCAGUACUACUGGACGUGGAACUUUUCCCCGCCCAGCUGCAGGCGGUUCCUUACUUGGAUGCAAGGGUGGAUGACUUGGACAGGCUAUGUCGCGCUGCUUGCGAGCUGCCUCAACGGCAACACGCUCGUCCUGGAGGGCAUGAUCCAGCUUACACACCCCGACUACGAGCCGGGAGGGUGGCACACGACACUCAUCAUCUUCGCCACCAUGGCAUUCUGCUCCGGGAUCAACCUCUUCGCCUUUCGGCUCGUGCCGUGGUUCGAGCUGCUAUCCGGGAUCCUAAAUGUCUGCAUGCUGUUGAUAUUCCUCGUUGUCGUCUGGUUGUUGUCGCCCCGCAACAGCACGGACAUCUUCUUUGAGACCAACGUCUCGUCUGGCUGGGAUAAUUAUUUCGUGGCUGCGAACCUUGGCGCGCUUUCCAACAUCUUCCUCUUCUGCUCCUUUGAGAGUGUCAUCCAUAUGGGUGAAGAGACGCGGAAUGCCAAACGUGCGGUGCCGACCGCUAUGUUCUGGGCUAUCUUCACAAAUGGUCUUUUGGGCCUGAUCAUGAUCAUCACAUUUGCGAUUUGCAUGCCCUCUGUCGACAUCCUCAUCAACUCAUCCAGCCCCCUGGUCACCAUCAUCCUCAACACCACAGGGUCCGCCAAGGCGACGACCGCCAUGGUAUCAGGUCUUGUCGUGCUGGGAAUAUCGGGCAACAUGGGCGUGGUCUCGUCCGUUUCGAGACUCACGUGGGCUUGGGCCCGAGACGGCGGGCUACCGCAGUACUUCGGCAUCGUCGACAGCAAGAGCCGGGUCCCAGCCCGGGCCAUCAUCAUGACCUCGAUCAUCGUGCUCCUGCUGGCGCUGCUCAACAUCGGCAGCAGCUCGUACAUCGCGCUCAACGCCAUCGUGUCGCUCUCCUCGCUGGCGAUCUACAUGAGCUACGCCAUCGUGCUGGCCUGCGUUCUCUACGCGCGCCUCACGAAUGGGCUUGAGCUGGGGCAGUGGAAUCUGGGCAGGGCCGGCACGCCGGUAAACGUCUUUGGGCUCGUCUAUACCCUGUAUGCGAUGAUCUGGCUGCCUUUCCCUACUGAUCUUCCUGCGACGGCGUCCAACAUGAAUUAUUGUGGGCCUGUGUUUGGGGUGGUUCUCGUUGCGGCCGUCACGCUUUGGUUCGUCAGGGCCCAGCGGGGGUGGGAUGGACCCAAUCGUGCCGUGGUCGAUUUCGUGUUGAAGAGUGAAUCAUGA